AGCUACCAUGCUUCUCGUUCAGAUCCUCCUAAUGGCCCUGCUUAGUCGAGCAGAAGAGCCUGCCUGCAGGCUGCAGAGUCACAUAGAGCCUCCUGAAUUUGAGUUAGAUGGAGAGCUCAUUAUAGGAGGCAUUUUCUCAUUUCGCACUGGACAAGACGGCUACACAGACUCAUUUCAGAGCAUGCCAGAAGUCCGACCUUGCUGGGAUUUAAGUUUCAAUGAAUUUCAGUUUGCACAGACGAUGAUAUUUGCUGUGGACGAAAUCAACAGAAAUGCAAACAUCCUUCCUGGAGUUUCUCUCGGAUACAAAAUCUACAAUAACUGUGGAUCUAUGAACAUACUGAGAUCUGCAAUGCUUUUAGUGAGUGGUCAUGAAAGCUCAACAACAGCAACAACAAAUGUGAAGUGCAAGUCUCAAACAGUUCAAGCCAUUAUUGGACAUUCUGGUUCAACCCCAACUAUGAGUUUUGCAAGAACUCUUGGACAGUUCCAUAUUCCAGUGAUAAGUCAUUUCGCCACCUGUGCUUGCCUGAGCAACAGAAUAGAGUUCCCGUCCUUUUUCAGAACAAUUCCCAGUGAUGACUACCAGAGUAGAGCACUGGCUCAGCUGGUCAAACACUUCGGCUGGACCUGGGUGGGGGCUAUAAGUAACGCAAAUGACUAUGGAAUUAAUGGCAUAACAAUGUUUAUCAAGGCAGCCAAUGAAGAGGGUGUGUGUAUAGAAUACUCUGUAGCAUUUGAGAGCACAAGUCCACGCAACGAGAUACUCAGAAUAGUGCAAAUUAUUAAGCACUCUACAUCCAAGGUGAUUAUGGCCUUCAUGUCUCACAGAGAGAUUAAGGUGUUGGUGGAGGAGUUACAUAAGCAGAACAUUACAGGACUGCAGUGGAUUGGCAGUGACGCCUGGAUCACAGACAGCUCUCUCACUGAGAGUCUGGGACACACUGCUCUGAUUGGCUCGGUAGGAUUCACAGUUCCCAAAGUGCAAAUCCCUGGUCUGGGCCCUUUUUUACAGGAAGCCAACCCCUCUCAGUUUCCCAACAGCAUGUUUCUUAAAGAAUUCUGGGAAAGUGUGUUCAACUGUUCAUUGACUCCACGAGCAGGUCUAAGGAUCUGUAAUGGUUCUGAGCAUUUAAAAAAUGUAAGAAACCCAUUUACUGAUGUGUCUGAUCUGAGGUUCACAAACAACGUAUACAAGGCUGUUUAUGCAACAGCUCAUGCUCUAAAUAAUCUGCUUUUCUGCAAUCAAAAUAAAACUAUAUUUGCUAAUGCAGGGUGUACUGAUCUUUCCCAACUACAGCCCUGGCAGGUUUCACAGUCCUUGCAGGAUGUACAUUUUAUUACACCAGUAGGGGAAAGUGUGUUUUUUGACAAAAAUGGAGAUUCCCCAGCAAGAUAUGAGUUGAUCAAUCUGCAACAGGUCAAAGCAGGUACCAUGAAAGUUGCAACAAUCGGAUACUAUGAUGCCUCUUUGCCAAAGGGUCAACAGUUUACUAUGAAUGGUGCUCAAAUUGUCUGGAAAGGAGGAAGCAAUACGGUACCAGCAUCUGUGUGCAGUGACAGCUGUCCUCCAGGUACAAGACAGGCUGUACAGAAAGGGAAGCCUGUCUGCUGCUAUGACUGUAUACCAUGUCCACCUGGAGAAAUAAGCAAUACAACAGAUUCACUUAACUGCUUGAAAUGCCCUUUGCUGUAUUGGUCAAACACAAGGGGAGAUGCCUGUAUCCCAAAAGAAGUUGAAUUUUUAUCAUAUGAAGAAAUAAUGGGGAUUCUGCUUGCCUUUUUUUCUUUGCUUGGUGUAUUUUUGACUGUUAUAACCACACUUAUUUUCUAUUGCUACAGAAACACCCCCAUUGUUAGAGCAAACAACUCAGAGCUGAGCUUUCUGCUGCUGUUCUCACUAAGUCUGUGUUUCCUCUGUUCACUCACUUUCAUCGGUCAGCCCUCUGAGUGGUCCUGUAUGCUGCGUCACACAGCUUUUGGGAUCACCUUCGUCCUCUGCAUCUCCUGUGUUCUGGGAAAAACAAUAGUGGUGUUAAUGGCUUUCAGAGCUACACUUCCAGGCAGUAAUGUCAUGAAAUGGUUUGGGCCUCCACAGCAGAGACUCAGUGUUCUUGCUUUUACUCUCAUACAGGUCCUUAUCUGUAUUCUCUGGUUAACAAUAUCCCCUCCUUUUCCCUACAAAAACAUAAACUACUACAAAGAAAAAAUAAUCCUAGAAUGUCACUUGGGAUCAACUAUAGGUUUCUGGGCUGUUCUGGGUUAUAUAGGGCUUUUGGCUAUGCUGUGUUUUGUUUUAGCUUUUUUGGCUCGGAAGCUUCCUGAUAACUUUAAUGAAGCCAAAUUCAUCACAUUCAGCAUGCUCAUAUUCUGUGCAGUCUGGAUCACCUUCAUCCCAGCUUAUGUGAGUUCUCCUGGAAAGUUCACUGUAGCUGUAGAGAUAUUUGCGAUUCUGGCCUCUAGUUCUGGCUUGUUAUUCUGUAUUUUUGUACCAAAAUGUUAUGUGAUUUUACUGAGACCUGAAAUGAACACUAAAAAGCAAGUAAUGGGAAAGACAAAAUGACAACUGUGGCUCACAUCUUACUCAAUAAAUAUAUUUCACCUUGA